AUAUAGUGUGUGCAAAUGUAGCAAGUUAUGGAGGUAAGUAAAUUAAUAUGGAGCUUAAAGUGAUGUCUGUAUUUGUAUUUAUUUUUUGCAAUUAAGAUGGCGACAUAACAAUAAUACACAUUUACUAUAUGCCUAUAUCAAAACAUAUACAAAUAUAUUAUAACACCUAUUCAGUAUCGUUCAAACCCUAUUAAGCCUUAGCCCCACCCGUCUCUUUAAGGAUUCCCAUGUGAGGCCAUGUGCUAAACAGAGGGAGUAAGGUAGUGUGGUAAACAACCAAAGAUUUCAACACUAAAAGUAGUGAAAGUAGUCGCCUACAAUAAGGGAAAAACUCCAGGAAAAAAAGACACUUGAUCUAGUCCUUGGCUUAUAUCCUAAUCUGACUUUGAAAAGUGUCCAGAUACAAAUAUUUUAUCAUUAUUCUUACCCAGACACACUUGUCUAAAUUGAUGGGUCAUGUGAAAGAAAUGCUAUAACCGCCCCCCCCCCCCAGCCACAUCUAGCUAAGUGGAUGGGUCAGUAUUGUCUAGACAUGUACACAUGUUCAUUAAAUACAAUAGAUGGCAGUAAUCACCCCCAGACACACCUGGCUAACUUGAUGGGUCAUGUAAUCAUCUGGCAAAAUGGAGUCUUUUGUUUAGAUAUGUAGCUAGCUAGCUGGCUAAACAAUGAACCGUAAUCCCAACCCAUAGCUACAGUACAACCCGAUUGUCAUAGCUAGACAAAAUGCGUGAAAUGCUGGACUAGGAAUCUGCAGAUAGCUAAAGCUAACCAACUAGGUUCAAUGUUAGCUAGCUAGCUAACAUUAGGCUAUAACUAGCAAUGUAGAUGGCUUUCUGAGAUACAAAUAAUAUUACUACACAGAUCAUAAACGUAAUAAUAGCUAGCGAGUCAGCAAGCUAAUGUUCGCUAGCUAGCUAACAGUUCGCGUUAACUUGCAAUGAAAACGACUUUCUGACAAAAUUAGAAAUUUAUAAUUUCUGAAAAUGUAGCUAGACUCUUACCCGUAUACAUGGAUGAGCGCUUCACGGCAACGUGUAUUUUCUGUAUGGUUUGUAGUUAGCUACAGCUUUUCUGUGGCUAAACAAACUAGGCUCGUAACUGAACAAUUGUAUUCGUAUUUACAGAUGGCAUACAAGUUUGUUAUUAAGGCACUGGAAAGUUACCAUGUUCCAGAAUACAUUUCUGCCCAAAAAUGGCGAGACGAUGCAAAUAGUCCGGGGGCCAUUUGAUUAGCUGUUCAGGAGUCUUAUGGCUUGGGGGUAGAAGCUGUUAAGAAGCCUUUUGGACCUAGACUUGGCGCUCCGGUACCGCUUGGAGAACAGUCUAUGACUACAGGUGGAGUCUAUCAGAAUGUGAAUGGAACAUGAAAGAGAUAUUCCUUUUCUGUGUCCCAAAUAGCACCCUAUUCCCUAUAUAGUGUAUCGCUCAUAGGGCUCUGGUUAAAAGUAGUGCACUAUAUAGGGAAUAGGGUGCUAUAUGGGGCAUAGUCCUUCUAUACAAAUGGCAGAAGAAUAUUCCAAUCAAUCUGGCUUUAGGACAUAGUAUUUAUACAGAUCGUUAUGGGGUUUUCACCUUCCACUACAGCCACCGCAGGCAAUCACCAGCUCUCUCUCACUUUCCCGUGCACACAUGCACAAGUGCACGCAUACACACACACACACAAGCAUGCACGCAUGUACGUACGCACACAUUUUUUAAUCAAUUUUUUUUACACACACUAGAAGUCAUCAUAUCUCUGACUGGAGGUAGCAGGUACCUGUUACACUUAGCAGGCAGCUAGAUGAAGUCCCCGACCUCUCAGGUGUGCCCUUUGUGACGUGUAUAGAGGGGACCAAAGCCUUUCAAAUAGAUUCUGAAAUAGUCAAUAUGAUAGAAAUAUUAACAUUAUGCAGAGUGUCCUCUGCUGCUAUGAGACUGACAGAUAGGGAGAAAGGAACAGGGUUGUGUGUGUGUGUGUGUGUGUGCGUGUGUGUGUGUGUGUGUGUGUGUGUGUGCAUGUGCGUGCGUGUGUGUGUGUGUGUGCAUGUGUGUGUGUGCCUCACACCUUUCCAGCCUAGUUCUCUGACCUCUGUAUUUUGUCUGGAGAAGUUGAUUCCUUAAAGUCCAUACAGCCUGUCUUUGAUUUGACACCAUCAAAGGGCUCAAAGUGAGAUCCCUUCUGACAAGCUCUGAUCAAAACACAGAUUUCAGCUCCUCUCCCUUUUUUCCUCUGACCUCCGAACACUGUGUGUGUCUCAAAUGGCACCCUAUUCCCUAUAUAGUGCACUACUUUUGACCAGGGCCCAUAGAGUUUUGGUCAAAAGUAGUGCACUACAUUAUAUAGGGGAUAUGGUGCCUUUAGGGACACAGCCACUGUCAGCUUCCCAGACCAGACAGAUUCAGUUCCCUGUGAGAUCCGUCUGUCUGUCUCUCUGUCUCAGGAGGUUGGUGGCACCUUAAUUGGGGAGGACGGGCUCGUGGUAAUGGCUGCAGGGGAGUAGGUGGGAUGGUAUCAAAUACAUUGAACGUGUCGUUUCCAUGGUUUCUGUGUUUGAUGCCAUUCCAUUUGUGCCGUUCCAGGCCAUUAUUAUGGGCUGUCCUCCCCUCAGUAGCCUCCACUGCUCUCUGUCUGUCUGUCUGUCUGUCUGUCUGGCUGGUUCUCUGUCUGUCUGUCUGUAUGUCUGCCUGUCUGUCUGUCUGUCUGUCUGUCUGUCUGUCUGUCUGUCUGUCUGUCUGUCUGUCUGUCUGGCUGUUGGUUGUCUGGCUGGCUGGCUGGCUGGCUGGCUGUCUGCCUGUCUGUCUGUCUGCCUGUCUGCCUGUCUGUCUGUCUGCCUGUCUGUCUGUCUGUCUGUCUGUCUGUCUGCCUGUCUGGCUGGUUCUGUGUCUGUCUGUCUGUCUGUCUGUCUGUCUGUCUGGCUGUUGGUUGUCUGUCUAUCCUUUUAAUGCAGGGACCUGAAACUGUGUAAUUACAAUGUUUUUUUUCAGUAGACUUACAUUUUGUGAAACCUUACCCUAAACAUCUAUGGUAUACAUGUAGUAGGCUAUACUAUUCUGCAUAACAUAAUGAUUUCUCAUUCUGUAUAUUUGACUUGUUUAAAUUAGAAACAUUGUUCCUAACAAAAGCUACAUUUCCCAGCUAGGAAACAUUAAAAGCAUUAAUCUGCACAAUUAAUCAGCUUUUAGUUUUCCUCCCUCCCGUCAGUCUCAUUUAUUGUAAAAAAAAAAAAAUAAACACAAAAAAACAAAAAAAAAAAAAGACAAAUACGAAAUUGAAAAAAACACAACAACCCCCCGCACUCCCCCACCAUCCAUCGGCCCAUCGCCCCCGCACCCCGCCACGCAGCGACCCUCCACCGAGCCUCCUCCGCUCUCAUCUCGUCCGCGUCAAGCUCGUGAGCGUCACGCGCUCUCUUUCUGAGGGCGUCGCCUCCUAUUCUGUCAACGUACCUCUUGCGUCCUCUCUCUCUCGUUGCCACCUCUUGCCUGCUCGUCGCUCGCCGGUCGUCGUCGUCUGCGUCUCUGAGUCUCUGCUUCUGACCGAAGUCGUGCGCUUUUCGAGUUCGUCCUCGCGCCGCACGCUCUCUCUCCUCGAGUGGGUCGCUCGAUCUAGCAAGCGAAGGAGGGCCUCGUCGUUCUCUCCUCUCUCUACUCGGCUCUCUCCUCGUCCUCCUCUCUCUCUUCGAACGAUUCUCUCUCUCUCUCUCUCUCUCUCGAGAUUUGGCAUCACAGCAGACUCAUUCCACCAGACAAAGACAAAAUGGCACACACACACACACAAGCCAGACUCAGUCCACACGCAGACAAAGACAAAAUGAGAAAAGGCCUCCAAGCAUUUCAGAAACUUGAUGGACACAAUUUAUGCAGCACUCCAAACUGUUCCUUUGUGUUUUUUAAUUGGAAUUAUAAUGGAAGCUUUCUAUUACGAGGAAGCAGGAGUGUUGUCUUAAAGUGGGGAUUUAUAAAUGGAUAUUAAAAAGAGGAACACUCACCUUAAUGCUUCUCCCUCUAGAGAUGUGGUGCUUAUGGUUACAUUAAUGGAGGAGGAAUACAUUAAACUGGUAUUAUUAUUCUGAAACAACUAAGCAACUAGAUUACAGAGAGUAAACAGUGAUGAUACUAGGUAAACAACUAGACUACAGAGAGUAAGGUCCUCUGUAGCUCAGCUGGUAGAGCACGGCGCUUGUAACGCCAAGGUAGUGGGUUCGAUCCCCGGGACCACCCAUACACAAAAAUGUAUGCACGCAUGACUGUAAGUCGCUUUGGAUAAAAGCGUCUGCUAAAUGGCAUAUUAUUAUUAUUAUUAUAGUAAACAGUGAUGAUACUAGGUAAACAACUAGACUACAGAGCGUAAACAGUGAUGAUACUAGGUAAACAACUAGACUACAGAGAGUAAACAGUGAUGAUACUAGGUAAACAACUAGAUUACAGAGAGUAAACAGUGGUAAACUAGGUCCCUUAGCUCACUGGUAGAAGCACGAGCGCUUGUAACGCCAAGUAUGGUUCGAUCCCGGACCACACAGACACAAAGUAUACAGCAUGAUUGUAAGUCGCUUUGAUAAAAGCGUCUGCUAAUGGCAUAAUUAUUUAUAUAAUAUUUAGUAACAGUGAUGAUACUAGUAAACAACUAGACUACAGAGAGUAAACAGUGAUGAUACUAGGUAAACAACUAGACUACAGAGAGUAAACAGUGAUGAUACUAGGUAAACAACUAGACUACAGAGAGUAAACAGUGAUGAUACUAGGUAAACAACUAGACUACAGAGAGUAAACAUGAUUGAUACUAGUAAACAACUAGACUACAGAGAGUAAACAGUGAUGAUACUAGAUAAACAACUAGAUUACAGAGAGUAAACAGUGAUGAUACUAGGUAAACAACUAGACUACAGAGAGUAAACAGUGAUGAUACUAGGUAAACAACUAGACUACAGAGAGUAAACAGUGAUGAUACUAGGUAAACAACUAGAUUACAGAGAGUAAACAGUGAUGAUACUAGAUAAACAACUAGAUUACAGAGAGUAAACAGUGAUGAUACUAGGUAAACAACUAGACUACAGAGAGUAAACAGUGAUGAUACUAGGUAAACAACUAGACUACAGAGAGUAAACAGUGAUGAUACUAGGUAAAACUAGACUACAGAGAGUAAACAGUGAUGAUACUAGUAAACAACUAGACUUACAGAGAGUAAACAGUGAUGAUACUAGGUAAACAACUAGACUACAGAGAGUAAACAGUGAUGAUACUAGGUAAACAACUAGACUACAGAGAGUAAACAGUGAUGAUACUAGGUAAACAACUAGACUACAGAGAGUAAACAGUGAUGAUACUAGGUAAACAACUAGACUACAGAGAGUAACAGUGAUGAUACUAGAUAACAACUAGACUACAGAGAUAAACAGUGAUGAUACUAGGUACACUAGAUUACAGAGAGUACCAGUAUGAUCUAGGAACACUAGACUCAGAGAGUAACAAAUGAUCACUAGAUAACACUAGUUUCUACUUAUAAAUGAUGAUACUAGGUACAACUAGACUACAGAGUAGCAACGUGAUGUAUACUCUUUCAGUUCGCUGCAGCUAGCUACUGGAACGGCUGCAAACCUCAAACUGGACAGUUUUAUCUCCAUCUUUCAUUCAAGCUCCAUCAUGACACUCUUCUGACAGUUUUGGUCAUCUUCACUGAGUAUGGUUGUCUCUUCCUUCUUGCCCUUUUGUGUCUGCUACCAUUUGUCUGCUACACCAUGUUGUGCUGCUACCAUGUUGGCUGCUAACAAUGUGUCCUGCUCCUGUUGUCUGUCUCUGUUGUUUUUAGUCUUUGUGGUGUCUCUCUUGUCUUGAUGUGUGUUUUGUCCUAUAUUUUUACUCCUGUACUAGCACCUCACACCCUACUAGGCCUAAGUACAUGUUAUAAAAUCAUGUCACUCUCCCUGUCUGUCUGUCUCUGUCUGUCUGUUUCCAGAUCUCCUUCAAGGCAGUGAGCUCCUUUGAUCCGGAGCUGGAUCUGUCCAACCAGAGUGGGAAGGUCCUGAAACACGCCAACGAGACCAGCCACAUCUUCCUGGGGCUCUACCCAGGAUCCACCUACUCCUUCACCCUCAGAGCCUCCACGGCCAAGGGCUACGGACCCCCAGUCAUCACGCAGUUCACCACCAAGAUAUCAGGUCAGUCCCAAGCCCCUAGCCAUCAUAUCCUCUAG